AUGAAGUCAGCCGCGUUCUUAACUCCGAUGGCCUUUAUCGUGGCUAUGAUGGUCCAAGAUGCUUCUGCCCACGGCCGUCUGCUCGUGCCUCCGCACCGUGGCUACAUUGGCAAACUGCCGCAAUUCAAUGGCCUUGUUCCCGUUAACUUCGGUGACCACAGCCUCAGCGCUGGCGGCAUUGGCCAAACCAGAGGCGGCAAACAUGGGAUAUGCGGCGACAGGUACUCUGGAAAGCGCUUGCACGAGACUGGCGGUGAAUUCGCCAAGUUCCCCCAACUUCGCGAAAAGGUCAUCGGGGCGUGCUACGCCCCCGGGUCCACUAUGGACCUUCAAGUCCAACUCACGGCCAACCACAUGGGGUACUUUGAGUUUGGGCUAUGCAAACUGAACUUGCUCAACGACAAGGAAACGGAAGAUUGCUUCAAAACGCUUGUCCAGCCCAACGGCGAAAAGGACUGGAAAGUGCCAGCGGGGAACAAGGUCUUCAACAUGCAGUACAUGCUCCCCGAUGGCGUGUCGUGCGACGGCGACUCCCACUGUGUGCUUCGGUGGCACUACGUCGGAUGGAACAACCCGGAUGUGGGUAUCGACGGCCAAGAGCAGUUUUGGAACUGCGCCGACAUUUACGUGAGCAACACGUGCGGGUCCAGCCCGUCGCCUAGCUCGUCCCAGUCCACGCCCAGCACGUCCACGCCUUCGACGUCCAAGCCGACCAUGACCAACGCACCCAAACCCACUGCCCCCUCGUCCAGCACUGACACCCCUGUGACCACGGACACCCCUCCGUCCACCUCUGGCACCCCCCAGCCAGUGGACCCCCAGCCAGUGGACCCCCAGCCAGUGGACCCCCAGCCAGUGGACCCUCAACCAGUGGACCCCCAACCACAAUCCGUCGCCAUCGCCUUCGAAUGCUCCCAAUCCUUCGAUUACAUCCAGUUCCAAGCCUUCGAUUACCUCCAGCCCCAAGCCGUCGACUACCUCCAGCCCCAAGCCGUCGACUACCUCCAGCCCCAAGCCGUCGACUACCUCCAGCCCCAAGCCUUGGACUACCUCCAGCCCCAAGCCUUCGCAUACCUGCAGCCCCAAGCGUACCCCAUCUAG